ACCUUGAAAUGGUUAGCGAUUUAACCUAAGCGGAUGGACGUCCGAGAUGUUUUGUCGUUUGCGUCACCAAGCCCUCAGUUAAAGCGGUCUUUGAAACCUCCUCCUCCACCAUCUCUUCAACUUGAAGCAGAUGCAAAACGGCCUAAGGUCAGCGCUGAUCACAUAUCCGCGUUUUCUGACACUUCAUCCGAUGUUGGUGAUCUCGAAGAUUUUUCACGUCCUUUCAAUGCACCGGAUUCGUGGGAUUCGGAAACAAACAAUGGGCCUACUACUGUUGGAGCAAAUGAAGUGACUGAGACUACUGUCCGUCGACUUACCGUUCUUCUUGAAAAACGUGCCCUAAGCAACCAGGAAGCUCGAACUAAGUUCCCUGACCAACCUAAGCGUUUUAUGCAAUCAGAAUUGGAACUACAAGAAACACUAGAGGAGAUGCAAGUGCUUGCAGCCAAUCCAGAAUUAUACCCAAUCUUAGCAGAACAAACACGUCCCAUAUCACUAUUAUUAGGUUUAUUGGCUCAUGAAAAUACAGAUAUUAGUUUAUCUGUUAUUGAUUUGUUGCAUGAAUUACUUGAAUCUAGUUGUUUACAAGAAGCUGGAUUAGACAAAGUUAAUCAAUUUUUAGAAGUUUUGUUUUCUGGACAAUUGAUACAAUCACUUAUACAGAAUAUUUCACGUUUAGAUGAGACGAAGAAAGAUGAAGCUGACGGUGUGCAUAAAACACUUGGAAUUGUUGAAAGUUUACUAGAAAUUCGUCCAGAUAUGAAUGUGACAAUGGCAAAUCAAGGUUUAUUUGCAUGGCUUUUACGACGUUUACAAAAACGUCCAGUAUUUGACAAAAAUAAAUUAUACGUUAGUGAGCUAUUAUCAAUCUUAUUACAAAUGGAUGAAGCUAAUCGUCGUCAAUUAGGUGAAGUAGACGGUAUUGAUAUAUUGUUGCAACAAUUAUCUGUUUAUAAACGACAUGAUCCUGGAAGUCAAGAAGAAAUUGAAUUAAUGCUUAAUUUAUUCGAUUGUCUUUGUAGUUCACUAAUGUUGCCUGAGAAUAAAGAUAGAUUUUUAAAAGGUGAAGGUAUACAGCUAAUGAAUUUAAUGCUUCGUGAAAAACACAUGUCUCGCGACAGUGCUCUACGUGUUCUUGAUUAUACUUUAUGUCCAGUUUCACAAUUAAUGGAUCAAAAUACCAAUGAAUUACAAUCACAUCAAAAGUCUACUAUCAAUACGGUGGACCCUGAAGCUGUAGUUAUAGCUAACUGUUCGAAGUUCAUUGAAAUUUUAGGUUUACGAACUAUUUUCCCAUUAUUUAUGCAUUGUCCACGUGAACAUGCACUUCGAUCAACUUCGUCUGGAUCAAAAACCAAGGUGAAAGUUAUUAGUGGUCCUACUGCAGCUGAAAUGGAAGAACAUGUAAUUAAUAUUAUUUCCGCUUUGCUACGUCAUUCACCUCCGGAAACUUUCAAAUCCCGCGUUUUGGCUAAAUUUGUUGAGAAUGAUCAUGAAAAAGUGGAUCGACUAAUUGAAUUACAUUUGAAAUACUUAGAUAUUGUUAAAGCAACCAAUAGUAAAGUUGAAGCAAUGCGAAGGAACGAGAAAAAGUGGAUCGGUUAUACUCGGGAAGAAGUGGAAACAGAAUUAAUGCUCAAACGUCUAGAAGGUGGACUAUUGCCACUACAAGUUUUGGAUGUUAUAAUUCUCGAUGUUUGUGUUAACGGUGCACCAACGAUUUUGGAACGUGUACUUCAUCUAUUGAAAAUGCGAUCCAUUUCAAUAAACUCCGUACUUGAUACAGUCCAAGCAUAUGUGAGUAAUUUAGGCGAAGAACCAACUACGGGCACAUCAUUAUCUGAGAAAACUCGGGUUAUGAAUCUCUUAAAGAAAUUUAAAGAACUGUUAACAAGUUAACAUUGACGUUGACGUUUUAUAUUUCAUAAUUUAAUUUCAUUAAAAAAAUAUACAUAUGAUAUCAUAAUUAUAUAAUGAAAUUUUACAUUCAUUAGUCAUUGAUUAUUGGUAUUAGUAGUAGUAAUAACCAAUGUUAUAAUUAUGUAAUCAUGAUAAUGGUGAUCGAAUUUUAUCGAUCAAAUUAGAAUAAAACCACUAAUCUGAGUAACUCAACAUCAUGAGAACUAUUAGUUUAAUGUUAAGUAGUUGAGGCAGUGCCCCCAAAUGCCCUGGUACGGCCGAGAAUGGAGAGAGUCCGCUUCCCCUCUUGAAAUACUUUCACAUGGCCACGCGUAUAUAGCCUCUGCCAGGGAAGUCCUACUCACUACCCUCUCGUGGCGGGGGUGUUGUUUACGAAAUUGAGAGGACGAAAAGCAAAUGUUCGGCGCUUUAACCGGGUUGGUGAACAUGGAGUGGGAAAACCCUUAUUCCAAACCAAUGGUGCACACGGGCUUCAGUAUCCUGAAGGAACAAAUGGCGUAUGAACCAAUCGUUGGUCACCGGCUACCAUGGGACUGCAUCUCCUUACGAUGCUCCACUGCCUUGCGGAUCAGACCUUCAGGUCGAACGCUCCGGGGUGGCCCUCUAAGAAGACCACCUGCUUCGGUUUAGGCACCCGGUCAGUAUCAUAGCUUUCACACAUAUCAAAUGAGAUGUGUGUGGCGCAUAUGUAUUUGGUACCUCCUUGUACCAGUAUCUAUGUGUUAAAAUAAAUAAAGUUGAGGUAGUUGUCAGGAAAAAUUUCAAAUCCGGGUUUCGUGCCUGUUUACACAUUUUAACAAGGUGUACGUGUAAUAUUCAAGGAUUUGAUGGGAUUCAAAUCAGCGUCACUCAGUUUCGUAGUUUAAGAUAUUAUCGCUGAUCUAUUUAGCUAUCAGAAUAUUUACACAUAUUGAUGUCUGAAGAAUAACCAAUGUCAUGCUUGUCUAAUUACUUUAUUUUCUAAUCAGAUUCUAUUGACCAAGUUGAAAUAUAUGAUUACUAGACUAAAUAUCUUGCUUCUUGUACAUCAAUUGUUAAAAUUUGAUGGUUAAAAGUAAUUGUAGAAUUUUCUUUUAGAACAAAAACUUCAUUCUCACAUAUCAAUCUUUUCAAAAGCAGACGAUCUCAACUAUUGAAGUUUCACUACUUUAUCAAUUAAUUUGCCAUCCUUACCUAGUACCCGUUUCCUAACAACUGAGUUACUUACUCCAUGGUCCCAGGAUAUACGAGCAAUGCUUCAAAGACACUUAUGAUCAAAUACUAGUAACCUACGAAUAUCCUUUACUCCUACCGGCCAUGCCUCACAGCCAUAAAGUAGGACAGAACGAACUGCUGCGCAGUAAACCCGUCCCUUGGUUGGUAGAUGGAUGUCUCGCCUACGCCAUAAAUGACAAUCUGAUCUUCAUGAAUGUGUAUGAGUUGUAAAUAGAUAGUUCUAUACAUCAAUAUUGUAGUUGUAUGUAUAUUGUUCUAAUGAAGUGAUAAUAAAGUUAAGUUAUUCAUUCUUAUCAAUGUUGUAUAGUAACAAGAACUCUUUUCUGUGUAAGUGUAUUAGUUUAUAAAAUGUAAAAGGUAAAUGAUUAUGCAUAUUAUACAUACUUCUUUGUUGUUAUGAUUGAUAAAUUGUAAUGAUUAAAAUAACGGUUGCUAUCCAUUUGAAAGAUAGUAUAUUUGUUAUGGCUUGGGUUCGAACUCUGGUUUAUCUGUUUCAGUUUACGGGUACUGGUUAAAAUGUAAUUCGAAUCUAAAUACAUACUUAGUGUAUGAGUUAGUUAAAGAAUUAUUUAUUGACUGGCUUCAAGAGGUAUUUCCUCUAGUUCUAGUGAGAAGCAGUGAUCAAUAGAGUUCAAUCAGGUCUGUUGUGAGAUAGUAAUUCACGGAAGAAAAUAGUAGAUGUGUGUUAUAACUUUUGACCGCCGAUUAGAGGGUAGUGACUUAUCGAUCGGACCAAGGACGUGUAAAACACGUGCGGGCAGCCUAGAGUCCUAAUUGGUCCUGCUUUCCUCCUAGUCCAGCCAGUUAAGUCCAGAACACCAGUCGCAGCCUCUGCAAUAUGAAUCAUUAUAUUUCAAACAUACUGAGUUUGUAUAUCAAUCAAACAGGCCACAACGUAGCAUAAAUGGAGAAUAACAUUUGUACCAAGUUUGGCCAAAUGUGGCUGUGAAUGUGGGAGGCAGUAACUAAUUGACAGGGCAUAAUUCAAGAAUGGUAAAACGUAUAAUAAUGGUUUAAUAGGUCAAAAUAAAGUUUAUAAUAAGAGGAAUAUGAAUAUGAAUAGUUUAGUUAUUUCACAAUUAUACGAUAAAAAUAUACGUUUAGUAUUGGUCCAUAGAAGGAUCCCAAAGUUACCAUUCAUUAUGUUUAUCGGGACCUAACAAUGUGUCGCUCAAUUUCAUGGAUUGGUUGAAGUUAGACAUUAACACCGUUAGAUGCCGGCCAGUUCAGUAGUCUACAGAUUAAGCCUUCGUCGCGUGAGAUCGAUAAGUCCUGGAUUCGAAUCUCGCGAGGUGGAAUCGUGAACGCGAACUACUGAGGUGUUUCAUAAUAGGAUGUACCAGCCGUUCAGUGUUGCCAGGUUUUCCAUGGUGGUCUAGCUUCAAUUGAUUUAUGAUCUUAACUAUUAAAAUUUAUUAAAAGUCAAGAAUUAUAACAUAGUCUCAUGUUAAUUUUAUAGAGGUCGCUGUUUAGUUCCAAGUAUCGAACGUGUCUCAUUGAUUACCAUCAAGUUUUGAAGAAAACACAAAACCAUAUUGUUGGUGUUUUCUGAUUUUAGUCAGUUCACAAUGAAAAGGCAUUAUCAUCAUUCCUCUAUUAAAUAAAGGGAGCCUAAUCAGAUGUUUGUAUUAACAAACCAGAUCCCAGUGGAGGAAGAAAUUAGGAAGAAGUGCUAGAAGUGGAUAGGACACACAUUGAGGAAAGCAUCCAACUGCAUCACAAGACAAGCCCUCACAUGGAAUUCUCAGGGCCAAAGGAAAUGAGGAAGACCAAAGAACACAUUACGCCGGGAAAUGGAGAUAGACAUGAGAAAAAUGAACAAGAAUUGGAUGGAAGUAGAAAAGAAGGCCCAGGACAGUGUGAAUGGGUUGGAGAAUGCUGGUCGGCGGUCUAUGCUCCAUUAGGAGUAACAGCCGUGAGUAAGUAAGUAAUCAGAUGUUUGUAUUAACUGCUGUAAUACUACUGUCAACCUUCCUAUUUUACAUUUGAUUGAACUGAAGAGUUAUGAAUUAUAACUGUAUAAUGUAUAAUUAAAUGAAAACAUCACAGUUGUUGGGAUAUUUGUAAAAAGCUAUCAGAUAUAUUUAUCACAGAGGACUAUCUUGAAAGGAAAGUGAUAUUUUCUAUGCAUCACCAUUUACUAAGCUGUUCUAAAGAUGAUCAAGUGUCUUUAGAACUCUCAUUUGAACAUAUAAAUGAUGUAAUCUUCUUUAUUGAAAUGAAGUGUAAAAGAUCAGUUGUGCUGUUAACUUCAACCUCGAUGGUUUACUGGUGAAGUUUUCCUUGUGAUUUUGAGCAAAAUCAUUAGCGCUUAACACACGAAGGGUUGAUAUGUUUACUUAUUCCACAAGUGAUAAGAAAACUUGUUCCGAUAACUUUGUUUAAAAAUAGUCAUCUUUGGAGGUAUUAUCAGCUUCAUUUCUUUUUGUAUUUCUGUUGACUGUCUUGUUUGGCUGGCCUCUUCCUUCAUGAUUGUUUUACAUUUACCAUAUAGAUCGGUAACUAGGCUCCAUAUCGAUAUACUUAUUGAUUGCAGCUUAAAUUUGAAUUCCAAACUUCCAGAAAUUCCCAUGUUUGUCUCCAUACGUUGAUAUUAGUGAUAAAAUAGUGUCGUUUUAUUGUUAGUUUGUGUUUAUGUCUUUAUAGAUUGAAGAUAAGUAUCUUAAUCAUUGACGAUAUCUAGAACGACAAUAAAACCUUCAUAAUAAAACUAUCGAGCUUAGAAAAGAAAACAACACAACCAAAAGCAUCCACUUAGGCUACAAAUAUUCACCAUCAUUUGAAGAAGUGAUAAGUAUUUUGUAAACAUAUGAUUCAUUGGGAAAGAAGUUAAUGUUAAUGUUCGGGACUUUAGAUUCCCAGAACUCACUUGAAAAAGGUCUUAAUUUUAUAAUUUUAUUUUGAAAAUUUGAAGUUCUUUGUUUUCGCGCCAAAAGCGCUCUUUUCACCUCAAUGUCGUAUUUCCCAUUUGGGAGAAUCCUAAACACUAUUGGUCCGUUGUAUCUUUUAGUAUGUUACUUUGUAACGCUUCCUGUAUAUAUACGUUUUGAUUUGUGAAUGUUGUUAUCGCUUGUGCUUUUGGCUUUUUGCGGAUUAUACUUCUCCUUUCGGACUUCGACUUCUUUCUCUAGUUAGCGGGGCUGGAUCGCAAUAGAAUACCUAGUUAUUAGUCUUGGGUCACAAGUCUUUGUUCCGCCCGCAAUUUAAGUGAACUCGUAACCGCUUCAAACCUAGCAGUUAAAUAGAACUGAAUGAAUUUAAAAUUUUUAUAAAAAAUGUACUGUGUUUUUUCCUGCUGUAUACAACUGCAUUCAAUAUAAUAGGUAUGAUGUAUGCGUACUAAUUUAAUGUCAAGGUUUGGUAAUAAGGUGGCCUACUUGAAUAUCUAGGCCACUUUUUCCUGCCAUCUAGAUAUUUCGACAUAUCACAUUACUUUUGUUUGUUUUAACAUAUCAAUAUUUUUAUUAGUCGCCAGGGAGCACCAGUUCCCUCAUGGUUACAGGUACACCUUGCUGACGAGUGCCAAGUAGCACGAAACACGGGUCCAGGGUUUCCUGUUGACUACCUCCAACCACCAUCUAGUCGCAUAACUUAUUGAGUCGCGUUUAAGUAAAGUUUACGACCUUUCUCUGUAAAACUUACAAAAAAGUACAAUCAGAGAUAUUUUGAUGGCUGGCUGACAAUAUACAUCGAAAAGAAUGUACAUUAUUCAGAUAUCUAUUUCUUAACUGUUAACAUCUAACUGGUGAUCAUUCAAUAUUUAUCGUCAAAAUUGAUCAAGAAAUAAGAAAUAGAAACUUGUUGAUAUACUUUGUGCUGAAAAUUCUAACUUGUAUCGUUGGAUGUCCGCUAGCUCAAUGUUUUAGAGGUUAAGCGUUCGCGUGUGAGAUCGAUAGGUCCUGGGUUCCAAAUCCCUCGAGCGAGAUCGUAGAUACGCGCUGCUGAGGGGUCCCAUAAUAAGAUGAAAUGGCCAUCCAAUGCUUCCAAGUUUUCAAAUGGUGAUCUAACACCAAUCGGUUCAUAAUCUCAAUCAAAAAUAUAAUAUUUAAUAAAGCUCACUAAUGACUAACUUUGUGAUAGAAUUCUCAGAGUUCUCGUAAGAAGCUAUGACCAGUGGAGUUAAUCCGUGUCGGGUAGAAACAAGUAUCUACAAUGGAAGAUGGUCGCGCAAUUUUAUUGAUCAGCUGAAGUUCGACAUGAACACUAUUAGAUGCCGGCUAGUUCAAUAUUCUCGAGGUUAAGUGUUCGCGCAUCUGAGAUCAAUAAGUUCUAGGUCCGAAUUUCGCGAUGCGAGAUCGUAGAUGCUCACUGCUGCUAAGAAGUCCCACAAUAGGAUAAAAACGGUCAUCCAAUACUUCCAGGUUCACUUAGACUGCGAACGGAACAAAGACUUGUGACCCAAGACCAAUAAUAAACUAUUCUAUUGCGAUCCAGCCCCGCUAACUAGAGAGAGAAGUUGAAGUCCGAACGGAGAAGUAUAAUCCGCAAAAAGCCAAAAGUACAAGCGAUAACAACAGACACAAAUCAAAACGCAUAUAUACAGCACAAAACCGUCCUUGGGAAGCGUUACAAAGUAACAUAGUAUAAGAUACAACGGACCAAUAGCGUUUAAGAUCCUCCCAAAUGGGAAAUACCACAUGAAGGUGAAAAGAGCGCUUCAUUAUUAUUAUUAUUCCUUCUCUAAUUCAUUCAACUUUAACAUGUUCAUUAUGACUAUUAUAUACAUGAUAUAUAAGAUUACAUAAUAUCCAAUUACAUAAUUUAUAAGUGAUAUAUAAUCCACUAAUGAUGAAUAUCCCAUAAAUGAAUCCAAUUAUUAUUAUUAUUGAAUCAUUAUGUAAUUGUAAUAAUAAUAAUGAAAUCAAUUGAUGAUACCACUGGAUAAAGUAUAAUCUGAUUUCAUCUUUAAAUAAAUAUAAAUGUAAUAAUAGAAUACAACUAAAUGUAAAUAAUCCAAAUUGUUUAGUUGAAUAAUGCAUUUGUUCUUUUUUAUACUCAAAAAUUUACUCAAAUAUAUAUAUAUAUAUAUAUAUAUAUAUAUAUAUGAAUGAAAUAUUUUUGUAUUUUUACAAACCAGUCCCUUUUUUUGUGCAUUUUUUUGUGUGUUUUGGUGUUGGUAUUUUGUUUUAUUAUUACAGUUUCAUCAAUCAAUAAUGUGAGUGAGUGGGUGGGUAGGUGAUUGGUUGGUUGGUUGAUUUAAUUAAUGAACCAAUAGAAUCUACAUGCUGUUUUUAUAAAGUUGAUUUUGAUUGGCUAAUUUUUUCAGCCAAUCAAUGGUUUAGUUGGUAAGUGUAAUCAUAUAUAAAUCACAAGGUUAAGUGCAAUGAUAAGAGUUCUUGUUAAGGUAAUUUGUUGUUGUUACUAUUUGUGGGUCAACGUUAUUAUGAUGUUAGUUUGGGUGUAAAGAUCUGGAAUUAGGAAUGUGUUGGUUAGAGUAGUUUCACUUUACAAUUCAUUGAUCACUGGGUGGUGAUCAAUGCCAUGUGUGUCAAGUCCUUAUUUAGUGCAGAUCAAAUGCUAUCGAUCAUGUUGCAAUGUGGCCACCAGUCUAAGUGACUCGACACUGCGUGCACUAUAUAUUGACAUUAGAUGGUGGUUGGAGGUGGUCGACAGGAAACUUGGACCCGGGUUUCGUGCUACUUGCCACUCGUCAGCAAGGUGUACUUGUAAUCUUAAGGGAACUGGUGCUCUCUGGCGGAUUCGAUCCCGUGUCACCCAGCUUCACAGUCAGAGAUGUUACUACUGAGCUAUCCGAGCCGCGACUGACCUCCUGUAGGACUGAGAUGUAAUCACAAUUGAUUGAUCACUGUGUUGUGAUCAAUGUCAUGCGUGUCAAGUCCUUAUUUUAUCUUGUGAAACCUGUUUAAUAGCCUGAGAUUUGACUCUAGUUAUAUUAUUGUAUGAUUGAUUGUUAUUGAAAUAUACAUAUUAUCAAUCCUCAUAUAUAUUUAUCAACUUAAAUCACAUUAGUGAAUGACGGGAUUAAAUACGAGAAUGGAUGUUCGAAUACGUAUAUUUUGUACAUUGGUUGAUUGGAUCCGACAAGUAGGGAAUCGUAGCGAAUGAAGCGAAAUGAAAGAACGAGCAGUGGAGUCAAGUGUUAAUCUAUAUUUAUAGCCAUACAAAAAUAAGCUACAGACAUGUGAUGAGUAGGUUAAGAUCUACACAUAUACCCCCUUUUAAAAGAAGUCAAGGUUGAUAAGUGAAUAAUUAACAAGGUCAAAACGUGACUCAAGAAGAAUGGAUAAGUUGGCCUGUUUAGAAGCUAAAAUAAGUUUUGUUUGUCUGAUCAUCGUUGUUUCUAAAUUAUUUCUGAAGUUUGAGGUCCAGUUAUGAUUAUUUAGGCUCAAUAAAUCUAAUCCAACUCAUUUCACCAUCUUAAAACAUCGACUUUGGUGGCUUGGGAGCAUUUUAGAGAAAUUCGUCCCGACACCCUCCACAUUAAGGCCUCUUCGCUGUGCUUAGGUGGUCGACGGAGAUCGGAAUAAUUACCCACUCCAUUGUAUCUGUGAUUAACUCGGGGCUCAAUUAACCCCACCGGUCUUAUUGAUAUAUAUACUUAUAUAUAAGAAUUGCAGUAGUCCACGGACUUGUAUGGUUCAUAUAUGUAGGUAUAUGCAAAGGCUGUGUGUGUGGUGUUGUACAAAGAAAACUUAAGCUGGAAUACUGUCUGCCCGAUGUCAAAUAAAAUCAGCGGCCUAACCUAUCAGGUCGAUGAUAUAAUAAAAGUAUAUGAUAGUAAAUAUUAGGGAGAAGCGACCAACAACCUCCCCUGAGAGAAUGAUUAUGUGUAUGUCAUGAAGUACUGAAGCAAUAAAUAUGGGUUGAAUGAUAUGCAUGUAAUGUGUAAGAUGCAUUCUGUUGUGGCAAAUAUGUUUCGAAGAGAGUGGUGAACGAUUUACAUUCCCAAGGGGGUGGGUUUACCUAUAUGUAUAAUAUGGGAUGCAUGAGGUAGAUCUAUGUGUUACCGGUACGCAUGUAACAUAUAUUUGCUCACAAGUUAGGUAUAUCUGUAUGUAUACCAAGAAAAACUCGAAUGAAAGUCCGUGCGUUAACUAGUUUGCAUGUAGACUGUGGCAAGGAAAUAUUUAAAAAAUUCUACACUUACUCUUGUUGAUACAAUAUCUAUACGCAUGCAAAGACCUUCGGGACCGCAGUUCCCAGCGAAAUCAUAUUCAAGCGGUGGGUUUGUCAGCCUUGAAAACAUGGAGUCCAUUCCAGAAGGGUCUACUUAGGCCUCCCCGGUAAAAUUUUUACCAAUCAAUCUGGGUAGAACAUCACAACUAUCUUCCACACUAUGCUUUUCCAUCAGAGCACGGGGGGUGUAAAAAACGAAUAGAGAGGCUUGAUUCUAAUGUGGCACUGUGGUAUCGAUGAAAGCCGAAUUUGUUUAGGAUUUGUCGGUCCAUUAUUUAAGUUAUGUGUUUUUCUCCUACCAUCAGCUGUUUCUCACCUGCUUUUGUAAUUUACAUACAAACUACUAAAUAACAGUCAGUAGUUCGAAUUGCAAUUCACGACUUGUACUGACCCAACAAGCCGAUUUCCUAAUUUGUUUAUGCCUUUAUUAUUUAAUAAAUUAUUGAUUACUGUAUGGGUUUGUCAGGUGAUUCACGUGCUCCUGACUUGAUUUGUGUUGACGAUUGAUAGAUCAGUCUUCGGAUGAGUAUCUACAAUAGAGACAGAGUCGAUCGUGUAUGCAAUAAAAUCGUUCAGUGUACCUCCUUGGCAAACUAAUGUCCCGUUGGUGCUCAAGAGGAAUUGAACGUUCUUUUGUUGAAGAAAUUGGCGAACCGGUUUCACCUAAUGUCUUGGAAUUAUCAGUGUGAUGAAUGUAGAUCUAGAUCGACUGAAUUGAAUGAGAACACUAAAAGUGGAUGAAUGUGGAUCGUGACCGAUUUUUCGUCAUGUGAUUGACUAGUGGCCAUGAUAAUCAUACAGAUCUCAACGACGUACUGUUUACCUAACAACAUGACUUAGUUAAGCGAUUAAUGACUUCGUAGAGUGAUGCCACAUUUUGUAUGAUAACUGUACAUUAUCAAAAAACCUGAUUAUUAGAACUCUGUCUCAUUGAGUUAAUGGUAAAAUGUUGAUUGUAUGACUUCAAAUUUACCCAAAGCUGAACAUUAUUAUGAAAUAUACUGAACCAGAAAAAUAAGCAGUUACACAUUUAUCAGCGAUACUUAAUAGUUCUAAACUCUACCAUUACUGUCAAACUAGACAUGAUCAAGAGAAUUCCUUAUUUUUUUGGUUGAGAUCAUGGACCGACUAAUGUUAGACCACCGUUGGAAACUUGAAAGCACUGGACGGCCGUUUCGUCCUACCGUGGGACUCCUCAGCAGCACGCAUCCACGAUCCCGCUCGCGAGAUUCGAACCCAGGGCCUUCGGUCUCGCACGCGAACGCUUAACCUACUGGACCACUGAGCCGGCAUCCAGUGGUGAUAGUGUCUAAGAUCAACCAAUCCACGAAAUUGAGCGACCAACUUCCAUGUCUCUACCCGACAUGCAUUAGCUCCACUGGUCACAGCUUCCAUUGUCUUGCACAGGAAAUUCGGUAAGUAAUGUAAUUUAUCUUAAUUUAUAUGCAAAACCCCUUCAUGUAUACAGUGUGAACAUUUGUUAGAACUGGUGAAAAUAAUAUCAUGUAGAGUAUAUCCCGUGACUGUUGACCAAGAUCACAUGAUAGAUCAUCAAUCCGAAGCCUGAUUCGAAUUUGGUCUAUUUUUCGUCCAUUAUUUACUGUAUAACUUAGCGUCUCUGACAUGGCAACCAGUACAAUUAACCUUGAGUUAACAGAUAAGUUAAUAUUGGUUCAUGAUUCGCCAGCUUCUCACCUGAGUCUAAAAGUCUGCAACCAACCUCUAGAAUAUUUAUAAUCCAGAAAAAAAAUAGUGUCGGCUGCUAUGUUAAGCCUACAAAGGUUAUUCCAGAUUCUGAACAGAUCAAUCUAUUCCUUCUGCUCAAAUCACAUUUUUACUCUGUCACUUAUUCGCUUAUUAACCUUUGAUUGUUUUUAUGUAAGUGUAUGUGUGCAUUUCUUAUUUUACCCAUCACAUGUUUGUAACUUAUUUUUGUUCGACUGUAAAUAUCAAUUCAUGCUUGGCUAUAUUGAGUUGGCUCACACGACUUCUUUACUGCGCGUCAUUUCGAUUCGCUCUCUUCUCUUCGUUCAUUCGAUUGUUUGUCCAGAUCAGUGAGUGUAAAAAAUAUACGUAUUCAAACAUCUAUUCUCGUAUUUGACUUGUUUAAUUCCAUUGUUCACUAAUGCGAGGAUUGAUGAUAUGUAUAUUUCAAUAACAAUCAUUCAUACGAUAUAACUGGAGUCAGAUUUAGUGCCGUUAAAGUGGUGUGCUCGACGUGAUAUGUGAACACGCAGCCUUCCAAUAUGGAGUCAAAUUUAGGGACACUAAACACUGACAUACCAGACCAUAUCAUACCAUAAAAUAAAAAAAAUAACUAUACAUGAACAAGCCAAAAGGUAAAGUGUGAAUAGGGGAGACUAUAAUUUAUGGACGACUUUUAAACAACGAUAGAGUAGUGACCUUAGGUGUAUCCACCUGGUAACUAAGAUCAAAUGAAGAUGUGAGGAAUUAGACUUAUGAUUUACAGUUGAUGGUCAGAGUUAGGAACUAGAUUUAGAGUUUUCAUCACGAACUGAUAUAAGCUAUAAUGCCAAAACUCUGUUUUGGAUGAGUGAAUUUCGUGCCAAAAUCUGGGACCUAUUAUCCCAAAGCCUGAUUGAUUUGUCCAUAAAUUAUAGUUUCGCCAAAAGUUGUUUUAGUGCAGUUACAUUCUCUGAAUUGAAACUUUUUCAUUUUCUUUCUAGGUAAUAUAAAUUCAUAUCAGAAAGGUUUUGUGGAUAUUGUAGUAAUUUCAAUGGUUGAGAUCAUGAGUCAAUUGAAGCUAGACAACCAUGAAAAACCUGGGACCACUGAACGGCCAUUUCGUCCUAUUGUGAGACUCCUCAGCAGUGCGCAUAAACUCUGUAGAAAUUUUUAGAUAGAUUGGACCCAUCACCGACGAAACUAUACAUAAUCUAGAAAAAAAGAUACUUAUUUACAUUUAAUUGAAUGAUUUUCUAUGAAAAGCAAGUUCUUUUCAGUAAUAAUAAUAUUCAGAAAUAACAUAGUGUUACAUCCUUGACCUGCCUACCCACUUUUAUGCAGAGAAGAUAACUUGUCUAAAUCUAGACUAAGAUCUUGACGUGAUAGACUGACUGGCUUGACUUUGUGAGGUUAGUAUGUGUGAGAUCUAAGUGACAUCAACUAUUUGAAAUAGAGAGACAAAAACUAUCCUAUCAUCUGAUUGGCUGACAAGCACACAAGAGAAAGAGAAGACAAGUCAACUAGAACACUACUCACUUUAUUUCCAGUUCAGAUUAGUGUAAAAAGAUACAUCAAGACUUCUUUGUUCCUCUGUUCAUAUCACAUACACAUCUUAAAGUGACUUAUAACAUUGUUAAAACUUGGUACCUAGUUGAUUUCAAGGUUCACUUAAAAUAUUUUAUUAUCAUU